GUAUUGUGCUCUGUGGUUUUUUUUUCUUGGUUGCAACGAUAAUGGAAUCUUUUCGUGGCAAAUUAUCGAAUGAUAAGAAAAUCCGUAAAAAUGAUGGCCAUUCAAAUGAAUCAUCAUUAUCAUUGAUACGUGAUAUUGUACGAAAUUAUUUUCAAACACCAUGGUUUGAUCUAACGGAAAAAGAUGAACAAUUAAUACGUGAUUUUAUCAUUGAUUCAUCAAAACAAAUAUCCAACAGUGGGAAGAAAUCGACAAAAAAAUCAUCAUUAUUAGUACAGCUUACAAAUGAUGAUAAUAAAAAUGAUGACGAUGGACGAAUGUAUCUGAAACGUUUUGAACCAAAAUUCGAAAUUGUUUCAUUAGAUGAUAUUCGUAGUCGACGUAAAAAUAGUAAUAAUUUUAAACAAAAACAACAAAAAUCAACGGAUGAAUCAAAUUAUCGACAAUCGAUUCUAUUUAUACGUUUGGCCGAUAAUCAAACUGAUGAUGAAUGUAAUCAAAUUUCCAACAAUACAACACAUCGAUCAACCGUACAGAUACGAUUGGUAACAGAUGAUGAAGCAAUUAAACAUUUAUCUGAAAUUCUUAAAUCAUGUUCAAUAUCAAAUGAUGAAAUCAUAUCGGCAUAUAAUCAAUUGGAACGUUUUAUUGAUCGUGAUAAAGUUCUUCAGGUUAAGGAACGAACAGAAUUUCUUCGAAAAUUAAGCGAAUGGUCAGAAACAUUAUUAGAAUAUUCAUCAUCAGAUGAUUUGUUGGAGAAAAAUCUAUCAUCCAGUCAAAGUUCAAAUGAUGAUGAUGAUGAUGAUGAAACACAACCGCUAGGUGGUAGUGGUAAUGUUAUUGAUGACAAUGACCAAGAAGAACGACAAAUUGGGCGUGAAUUAAAUCGUAUGGCGAUGAAAAUAUUAACAUUUAAAGAACGGCAACAAUUAUUGGCAAAUAUUGUUGCCAAUAUACCGCUAAUGUUUCGUGAUGUUUCAGAUUUAAACAUGUAUCGUAUAAAUCUAACGGAAACAACACAAAUGUUGGAAUCAGAAUCCAAACAAUUGUUUCAUCGUUGGUCAACGAAUGUUUCGAAAAAUAUUCAUUAUGAUCUAACCAAACAAUGUAUUGUGAUUGAUGAACAAACACAACGUCCAAGAAUAACGUUAAGUCAAAAUCUAGAGAAAUUAGCGACGAAUGUACGUAAAUUACGUCAAUAUCGUUUCAUAAUACCCGAUGAUAUUGAUCGUAUGGAAUCACAAAUAUCCACAUAUAUUGAUUUUGUACAUGAUUUAAGGAAAAUUGUACGUUUCUAUAUGAAUGUGGCUGAACAAAUACUGCCCAGUCAGCGGCCAAUGUUGAUUGAUCGUGCACGUGCAUUCACCACUUUAUUGGAAAGUCGACAACAAUUAAAAUGGUCAGAUGGAUCGGAUGCAAUUAGCGGUUGGAUUGAUGAAUUGAAACAAUUUAUGAGUGAAUUUCAAAAACAAAAUAAACAUUUACAACGAUUACAUCAAAAAAUAUUGGAAACAAUUAAAUGGAUGAUUGAUGCAUCAUUAUCACAAUGGCAACAUUUAAUUGAAAAAGUUCGUCUGAUUAUUAGCGAAGUAUCCGUGAAUCAUUCAUAUCAAUAUACAUAUGUAUGGCGUAAACAUUGGGAUUAUCAGCUAUAUAAGAUUCUUGAAUAUUAUUUCAAUCAAAUUAUACGUAUGAAUCGAAAACAGCAACAACAGCAACAACAACAACAGAAUUCUAAACAAUUGAAUCGUAUAAAAACAGCAAAAUCAAUAAAAUCAUCAUCAAAUGAUGAUAAUCAUCAUAAUGAAAUGAUUAUCAUGUUUAUGGAUCAAGAAUUUAUACAAUGGAAACAACAUCCAAUGAUGAAUCCAAUUGACAAUACAAUUGAAUUACAAUUCAAUCCAUCUGGCUAUUUGGUAUAUGAACCAUCAUUUGAAAUAAUAAAAAAAUCAUUAUUCGAACGUUUUCAAUAUUUCAUAAGAUUUCCAUCAAUAUUUCAUGCAUUUGUUGAUUGGUCAUUAGAUGCACAGAUUAAUCCAUCAUCGUCAUCAUCAUCAUCGAUGAAUGGUAUUAGUGGUGCAACUACAACCACUUCAGCACCGCGAACAUUAUUUCAUAAUAUUUAUUAUCGAAAUGCUACGAAUUUUACGGCAAUUUAUCAUAAAGUUUUCGAUGCCAUCGAUGAAUUGAUCCGGAUUCGUGAACAAUUUGCCCGGUGGACAGCUAUUUAUAAUUUAAUUAAAAUGAUAAAAUCCAGCAAUUAUAAUCGUAUGACUCAUCAACAACCGACUGUUAUUGAUGAUAAUGGUGAUGGAAAAUCGAAAAUGUUUUCCUGUAAAACAUUAGAAGAUUAUCAAUAUAAUCUUGAAUUAAUCAGAAAUUUAUCGUUAAAAUUUUCAAAUGAAUAUUCAAUGAUCAAUGAAAUUCAUUGUGAAAAUAGUAUUUUCGUCGUAAAUAUAAUACCGAUCAAAAUGUUCAUUGAAUGGUUAUUCAAUGAAACGGAAACCGUAUUAUUACACACAUUUCGUGAUCAAUGUCAACAGGAGAUUGAUAGAAUUGAAACAAUUUGCCGGCAAACAAUUGAACAGCUUAAACAUUGUCCAAUCAAUAUUAAUGAAUUGAUUGAAUUUGAUCAAAUGAUUAUGGAAAAAUUGGAACCAAUUUAUACAAGAUUAAAUGUCGAUAAUGUAACAUUACGUGAAAAGAUACAUUUUUUUCGAUCAUGGUCAACAUUGGCCACACCGCUUACAGCCGAUAUAAAAGAAUUGGCACAAAAAUUUGAUCAAACAAAAUUGAUUAUAAAUGAAUUUGAAAAUAUCUAUAAUAAUCGUAUGGAAUUGUUGGAAAAUUAUCGUGAACAAUUGCAAUCAAAAUUAUCAAUAGAAUUGAAUACAAUUGAUGAAGAAAUUGAUAAUUUUCUAAAUCGUUGGAUUCAAUUGAAUGAUCAAAUGCGACAAACACCGGAAAUAAUAAAUGAUUUUCAAAUAAAUUCCAAUCAAUUGAUGAUGAAAAUGACAGAAUUGUCAACAAGUUGUGAAUAUUUUCAUGUACAACGACCAAAAUCAUUUGAACAGAUACAACAAAUUAAUGUUGAGAUACGUGAAUUGUAUGAAAAAUUUCAUAUACUUUAUGAAUUUGAAAAAGGUCUAUCACAAUAUCAAGAAAUGGAAUGGAUUGUUUCGCGUAAUAAAUUGCAGAAAAUUAAUCAAUACAUUAAUGAUUGGCUGGAACAACAUCCAUCCAAUGAUGGCUAUCUACAAUUAUAUAUUGAACGAUGGCAAAAAUUUCUUAAUUUAAUCGAAAUCUGUCGCGGUGAUAAUUAUCAACAAUUACAUUGGAAUCAAUUUAUUGGACAAAUUAUUGGUCAUAAAAAUUUAAGUUAUGAAAAUCUAAAACUAUCUGAUUUAUGGAUUUAUCAGGACAAAUUACGUGAUUGUCGUACAGAAAUUUUGGACAUUAAUAAACGUGCUUAUAAUGAUAAUUUAUUACGUGAAUCAUUGAACGAUUUGAAUCAAUUUGCAUUGGAUGGCCAUUUUAUAUUAUAUCCAUAUCGUACAAAAGAUGAUCAUGAAAUUAUGUUGAUAAAAGAUUGGUAUCAAUGUUAUAAUCAAAUAUCAGAUUGUUUUUUACUUAUACAAACUAUACGUAAUAUGGAUAAUGAAGAAAUUUCCAAUGAAUAUCUGGACCAAUAUCAGGAAUGGGAAAUGAAAUUGGUGAGAUUUGAAUCAUUGAUCAUUUUAUUGAAUUCAAUACAACGAAAAUGGAUUUCAUUGGAACCAAUAUAUCAUGAUCAUCGUGGAUCAUCGUCAAAUGGGCCAAGUUUUUUUCACGAUACUACAUUCAUAAGAUAUUCAAAUGAUUUUCAAGAAUUAAUGAAAUCAAUUCAUCGAAAUAGCGGUCGAUUUGUAUAUUUAUUACAAAUGAAAAAUGAUUGGGAAAAUCGACUGCGUACGAUUGAUCAGAAUUUUACGAAUACACAGAAAAAAUUACGUACAUUUAUUGAAGAAUCAAGGCAACGAUUUCCAAGAUUUUAUUUUUUAGCCGAUGAAGAUUUACUGCUAAUAUUAUCGGGUAAAGUUGAUUUAAAUCAAUCUGGUUUGGUGAAAAAAUUAUUUGUCAAUACAAUCGGUUGUUUAGUAUAUCAGAACACACAUACACAAAACAAUGAUUAUCUGAUUGAGGCAAUUGAAUCCAUUCAAGGUGAACGUAUAAGAUUACGGCAUUCGAUUCAAAUGGAUAAUAAUAAUGGACCAUCAGCGAUUGAAAAAUGGCUUCAAAAUUUAGACGAACAGAUUAAAUCGACAUUGAAAUUUAUUUUCAUGGAUAAAUUGUCCAUAAAACAAACCAUUUAUAAUGAUUUUGAUUUAUUUGCUACAUUACCAUCACAGAUAUUAAGUUUAUAUUGUUAUAUUGAUUUUACUGAAUCAGUAGAAAUGGCAAUCAAUAAAAAUCAUCUCAUUGAUCUACGAAAACAUUAUGAACAAAUACUUUCAACAAUGACUAAAGAUGGCACUGAAUUUCAUCAAAAAUUAUUCGAAUCAUUAUCAACAACUAAUUCAAAUCAUUCAAAUUCAAUUAAUGAAAAUUUAUCAAAAAUCAAAAUCAAACAAGUUGUAUUGGAUCUGAUUCAUUAUUUAAAUGUUAUUCAAUCAUUGAUCGAUGCCGAUGUAAAAGAUCAAAAACAUUGGCUAUGGCAAUCACAAUUACGUUUCUAUGUGAUAAAUCAACAACAACAACAACAACAAUCAGCUAAUAUAAAAAUAUGUAUGGGAUUAGCAUCGUUUGAUUAUUCAUUUGAAUAUCUUGGCUGUUUAGGUGAUUCAAAAUUAGUUUCAACAACAUUAACGAAUAAAUGUUUCUUGACCUUGACACAAGCAAUGGAUCUUGGUCUUGGUGGUAAUCCAUAUGGACCGGCUGGAACCGGUAAAACUGAAAGUGUUAAAGCAUUAGGACAAUAUUUUGGACGUCAAGUACUUGUAUUCAAUUGUGAUGAAGCUAUUGAUGUUAAAUCAAUGACACGUAUUAUUGUUGGCCUACUUAAAUGUGGAAAUUGGGGUUGUUUCGAUGAAUUUAAUCGUCUUCAAUUGGAUGUUUUAUCAGUGUUAUCAUCACAGAUACAAGAAAUACAAUAUGCAAUUAAAAAUGAAUCAAAAACAGUGAAUUUAAAUGAAUAUGGUCAUGUGGCAAUAAAUAAUAAUGCAGCAAUAUUCAUAACAUUGAAUCCAGCCGGUAAAGAAUAUGGUGGCCGUAAUCGUAUACCGGAUAAUUUGAAAUCAUUAUUUUUACCAGUAGCAAUGACUGUGCCGGAAAUCAAAACAAUUGUACGAUUUUUAUCAUUAGCUGAAGGAUUUUCCGAUAUGGCCACAAAAAUUCUUGGUGAUAAAAUACCAUGUUGGUUUGAAUUUGCACAGGGUAGUAUGUCACAACAGAAACAUUAUGAUUGGGGUUUACGUACAAUAAAAGCAUGUCUUGAAUCAAGUGGUCGACGAUUGAAUCAGAAUCGUGUGGCAAUGAAAAUGGAUGCAACAUCAAAUUCAAAUGAAUAUCAAAUGGAAAUUGCUUUAGUGAUCGAUACGCUUAGACAACAGAUUAAAUCCAAAUUAGUCGAUACGGAUGCAUUGAAAUUUGAUGGCCUAAUUGAAGCUGUUUUUGGUUCAGAAUAUAUCGUAGAUUUUAAUUCAAAACAAACUCAACCAAUACAAAUGAAUUCCGAAUCAAACGAUUUGCUUGUGGAUAUUGUGGAAAAAUGUUUCAAUGAUAAUAAUCUUAUACAUAAUGAAUAUCAAAUGGAAAAAAUUCUUCAACUUUAUGAACAGAUUCAAACACGUUUUGGUGUUGUAUUGAUUGGACCAUCCGGUUCAGGUAAAACUACAAUAUGGCAAAUGUUACGUCAUUCAUUGGAACAGUUGUCAAAAACAUCAACAAUGAAUAAAUCGAGCAUAAUCGAUGUGAUCAUUAUUAAUCCAAAAUCAAUGCCAAGAUCACGAUUAUUCGGUUAUAUUGAUGAUGAUACACGUGAAUGGCAUGAUGGUCUAUUUUCAGCCAAAUCACGCGAAAUAACACGUAAUAAUGAUGAUGGCGGCAAUGAUAAUAAUGUUUCACAUACAAUGAAUUGGAUAAUAUUCGAUGGUGAUAUUGAUCCAGAUUGGGUGGAAGCAUUAAAUUCAGUUCUAGAUGAUAAUCGUGUACUGACAUUACCAUCUGGUGAGAGGAUUGAUUUUGAUUUAAAUCAUUGCCGUAUAUUGUUUGAAACAACAUCAUUGAAAAAUGCAUCACCAGCAACUAUAUCAAGAUUGGGCGUCGUAUCGAUCGAUAUGAUUAUGAUUAAUGAAAUGGUACAAUGUUUUGUUGCCCAGAAUCAAUUAUCAUUUACAGCCAUUUCAAUUAUACAGAAUUAUUUAAAUCUAAAUCAUCAACAAUUAUUCUUACCAAUAUCAACAGCACGUUCAUUAUUGAAACAUUUACAUUAUUGUCAAUUAAAUCAUGAAGAUGAAUCACGUGCUAUUGAUCGUAUUUCUGGGCAUCAUCACGUUGGUAAUAUUGAAACAAUGGUAGCUAAUAAUACGAAUCUAAUAAUAACCGAUUCAGUAAGACGUUAUAUAGAAAUGUUAAAACCAUUAAUUGGACAACAUAUCUGUUUGAUUGGUCCAAUUGGUUGUGGUAAAACGAUUCUGGCACAAGAAUUAUUAUUUACAUCAAUGAUGAAUGGUCAUCUUUUAAUUGUCGAUUGUACACCAACCACUAAUGCUGAAACAUUGUUGAAACUUUUAAUGAAUACAACAACUAUUGUUCAUUCAGGUACAAAUCGUAUGUUACGUGCACAAAAUGUUCAACAACAACAAAUUUGGUUAUUUAUACGUCAUUUUGAAUUAUUAUCAUAUGAUAAAUGGUCAUCAAAUUCAUUGGUAUCAUUAUUAACAUUAAUGUUAAAACAUAAUGGUUUCUAUCAUCCAGAAACAUUCGAAUGGAUUACAGUGGAUGUGACAAAUUUUCAAUUAAUAUUAUCAUGUACAGAUGUACGACAGAUUGAUAAACGUUUACUAACUCGAUUGCAUUUAAUACAAUUUGAACAUUAUUCAUUGGAAGAAAUUAAAGAAAUUUUACAUACAAAAAUACAACAAUCAUGUACGAAUAUUAAUCCAAAUGAACAUGAAUAUUUUGCUAGCCAUUAUAUCGAUAUAAUCAGACUUAUAUUUAAAAAUAAUAAUGAUGAUGAUGGUGGCGAAGAAAAGAUUAAUAAUUUUCUUAAAAUUGGUAUCAAUAUUAUUGAUUCAUUGAAUCAUUAUGAUUGUUUGAAUGAAAAAUGUAUUGAUUAUGAAAUUUAUCGUACAUUAAUGAAUCAUUUAUCACAGAAAUCUUAUCGUAAUUUAUUGAAAACAUUAAUGAAUGAUGGUGAUGAUGACAACAACAAUGAUAAUGAUAAUCGUUUAUAUUUCACAAGUCUUGAUGGUCAACAACGAUAUCAGCAAAUAAAUUAUGAACAAUUUCAAUUACAAAUACAAAAAUGGAUUAGAAAUUAUUGUCAAGAAAAUGAUUUGAAUAACAAUCAUCAACAGGAAUGGCCACAAUUGAAUCAUACAUUAACAUUAGUGGCUGAUUUAUGUUCAUUUCUGGCUAUUAAUAAUCAGUGUAAUGGUCAAUCAUCAUCGAUACCAAUAAUGUUAAUUAUUGGCCAUAAUGGUAAUGGAAGAAAAUUUCUCAUUAAAACAAUUGCACAUAAUUUUGGUUAUGAUAGAAUAUGGACACCAGAUUCCAUACAAUCAGAACGACAUUUACGCAAUGAACUAUCUGCAUUAUUAUCAAAUGAUGAUAAUACGGCUAUGGAUGAUGAUAAUAAUAAUCAACGACGAUUAUUAUUAUUGAUUGAUGAAAUUCAUUUGGAAAUUUUACCAUAUUUACGUGAUCAAAUUUACACACAGAUUAAUUCUUAUAAUCAACAACAACAACAGCAGCAACAAGCUUCGAAUAUAAUGACUAUAAGAUUAAUAAUGACAACAACACGAUUAACAUCUAUGGAUCAUUUAAUGUGGCUACGUAAAGCAUCACAAAUACAUCGUUCAGAUUCAUUCACAAUGGAUGAUUACAAUAGUCUAACGGCUGGAUUAAUUCGUCCACAGAUUGAUAAACAUAUUAUUGAUGAUGAAUCAUCGUUUGAUUCAAUCAUUAAAAUGUUUUAUCCAAUUUAUCAACAUUUUCAACAACAACAACAACAACAACAACAGGAUCAAAAAGUCAUUGAUUUGAAUACAGAGAAUAUACGUUCAUAUACGGAUUUUUUGCAAACUUUUUUACAACUUUUUUAUUAUCAAUCGGCAAAAUCAAAUGAAGAAAAUGAACGUAUGAAAUUAGGCGUUGAACGUUUAGAUCAGGUAUCGACACAGGUAAAAAUUUUGAAAGAUGAAGCAAUGGAACAGAAAAAACUUCUUGAUAAUAAACGACAAGAAGCUGAUGAUGCAUUUCAAUUGAUAAUGAAUUCAAUGCAUCAAUCAGAGGAUAAAAAAUUGGAAUUAGAAGAUGUGCAACAAAGAAUUCGCGUAGAGACAGAAAAUUUGCAUGAAAGAAAAUCAAAAAUCGAUGAAGAACUAAGUGAAAUUGAACCAAUGUUGCAAGCAGCUAAAGCAGCAAUCGGUGGUAUACGUUCAGAUUCAUUAUCAGAAAUACGAUCAUUACGUGCACCGCCAGAAGUUAUACGUGAUAUACUUGAAGGUGUUCUACGGUUGAUGGGUGUCAAUGAUACAUCAUGGGCAUCGAUGAAAACAUUUCUAUCGAAAAGAGGUGUUAAAGAAGAUAUAAUGAAUUUUGAUUGUCAUAAAAUUACUCCUGAAAUUCGAAUAAAAGUGGAACAAUUGCUACGAAAACGUAGUGAAAGUUUUCAAUCGACAACAGCAAAACGUGCAUCAGCUGCAGCAGCACCAUUAGCUGAAUGGGUGAAAGCAAAUGUCGAAUAUUCAAGUGUUUUACAUAAAAUCGAACCAUUAGAAAUGGAAUUGAAAAAAUUGGAAACCAAUUUACAUCGUGCACAGACACGAAUUCGUACAUUAGACACACAGCUACAUGAUGUUGAUACCGAAGUGGAUACUUUACGUGAACGAAUGCAAGCGGUCACAGUGGAAGCGGCACAAAUUGAAAUUAAUUUGAAAAAAUCAACAAAAGUUUUGGAACAAAGUGAAUCAAUUGUCAAUGAUCUUAGUGAUGAACAUCAAAGAUGGAAUGAAAAAUUAUUACAAAUUGAAAUUGAACGAAAACAAAUGCCAUAUAAAUGUAUGAUCGCUGCAGCAUAUCUAACACAGGCAUGUCGUGAAUCAAGCUAUCAACGGCGAACAGAAAUUUUUGAACAAUCGUUUGAAAAAUUUCAUCAAAUCAAUUCAUUUGAUUUGAUGGAAUUUCUUGGAUUUGAAACUGAAGAAGAAACUCUUCUAUUUGGUUCAUCUUUAUCAUCACCAUCAUCAUCGAAUUCGGCAACAAUGAUACGGCCGAUGAUGAUACCGUUGAUAUGUGAUCCAGCACAUAAAGCAUUGAAUCAUUUUAAAAAUGCUGAAAUAACAAAUUUUAAUGCAAAAGAUUGGCUAAAAAUUCUCGAACUUGGCAUACGUUUUGGUCGUACGGUAAUCAUAACCGAUUUCAAUCAAUUUGAUAUUCGUCUUGUGCCAUUAAUAAUGGGCACAAUACAUGGUUCAUCGGAUACAAGAUUUUGGACAUUUAUUGGUGAGAAAAAAGUGGAUUAUAAUCCACGUUUCGCGUUGUAUUUGAUGACAAAUAAUUUGCAAUCAAUAUCGCCAUUAACAAUGGCCAAUAUACGUGUGGUAAAUUUAUCACCAAGUUUUGGCAGCAUUUCAUCACAAUUACUUGGCCAUAUAAUUGAUGUAAAAAAACCAGAAUUAGAAACGGAAAAAAUCCGUAUUGAUGAUCGUGUACGUGAUCUACAAAAACAAUUAAAACAAUUGGAAAAUGAAUUAUUGGCCAAAUUAUCAUCGAAAGAAGGAACGGGUAAUAUUCUAGAAAAUUCAUCACUUAUUGAACAAUUGAAAUUUUUGAAAAAAUCUGCUGCACAAGUAGAAUGUUCAUUAAAAGAAUCCGAUAGAUUAAAAUCCGAUCUGGAACGUGAAAGAAUUCAAUAUAAAGAUCUUUCACAAUUUGCGGCUAAUCUUUAUUUUUCAAUGGAAAAUCUGCCAAAACUUUGUCCAAUGUAUUAUUUUGGUUAUGGAGAAUUUGAACAAUUAUUUAUCGAUUCAUUACGAGCGAAAUCCGAAUUCAAUGAAGAUGAUGUUUGUGCAGCAUUUUAUCAUUAUAUAUCACGUGCAUUAUUUGCUGAACAUCGACGAACAUUUAGACAAUUUGUAAAAAAUCGUUUUCCAAAACAAUCAACACAAUUGUUCAUUACAUCGGAUAAUAAUGACAUCAAUACGCAGAAUAUUGGUGAAUUUUUGGCUGAAAUAUUUCAACAACAACAACAACAAUCUUCACGUAUGAAUGCAAAAAUUGCUCUAAUAAUAACAAUGCCUGGUUCAGAUCCAAAUACGGAAAUUAAAAAUUCAAUAGAAAAAUUAGGCUAUGAUUUACAAAUGAUUUCAAUGGGUAAUGACACUAUUGAUAAGGUUUCAUCAAUAAUUCAAAUGACACAACAAUCGAUUAUUAGCAAAUCUAAACAAUCACAACCACAACCAAAAGUAUUGUGUCUGAAUAAUUUACAUUUAGUUAUUGGUUGGCUACCAAAAUUGUUCGAAAUUCUAACUAAUCACAAGACGACAACGGCAACAAAACCGCCAUUGAUUCUAGUCACCGAGUCAAGUGAACAUUUUCCACGUACAUUAUUGGAAAUUUGUAUAAAAUUUGCACAUGAAUCUGCACCUGGAUUACGUGCACAUUUACGUCGAUUACGAUCACAAUCGCAGAGGCCUAAAUCAAUAAUCAUAACCAAAAUGAUCAUGAUUGGUAAACUUUAUGAAUUGCUUGAAUAUUUUCAUGCCAUUUGCUGUGAACGUCGUUUCUAUAUUCCAUUUGGUUGGAAUAAAAAUUAUGAAUUUGGUUUCAAUGAAUUUCAUUUUGGACAUAAUAUUAUUGACAAGAUGAUUGUGGAAAUGACGAAAAAAACUUCACUGUCAUCAGCCAAGAAAGAAUCGAUGAAAAAUCAAAAAUUUAAAAUUUAUCAAUAUUUAGAAGGAUUAUUUCAUCAAGUUAUCUAUGGUGGUAAAAUUGAUUUUAAUAUCGACGAAAUUGUUCUUGGCAUUUUGAUCAGAAAAUGUUUUCAUCCAAAUAUGGAUCAAUCGUUAAUGUCAUCAUCAACAAAUGAUUUUAAAAUGCUCGGAUUACCAUCAAAUGCAAAUGAUUUUCGUGAUCGUUUAUUGGAAAAACGUUUGAAACAGAAUUUACAAUUAUUAUCCAUAACUACAUCAUCAUCAUUGCCGGCCAUCAAACAACAAGAAGAACAACAAUCGGAAUCAUCAACGGAAUCAAAACAAAAAACAUUAUCAUUAAAUCCAUCGGGAAUUCGUUAUUUUCGUAAAUUAUGGCUACGUAUUCUAGGCAAGUGUCGUAUUGAUCAAAUUGAUGAUCUUCGUGAAGAAAUGGCCAAUAAUAUUGUAGUGGAAUCAAGUUUUUUGGACGCGCCAACCAUCGAUUUAUUCAUACGACAAUUUGUUUUAUUUGAAUUUGAUUUCGCUAAAAGAUUAAUACUACAAAUUGAUCGUGAAUUACAUUCAGAACCAAUAGCAGUGAAUUUAGAUUCCUGUAUUCAAAUUAAUCAUACACCAGAAUCAUGGUUAAAUGUAUGGCUUAAUGGUUCAGAAAUUGCACAAGAUUUUCUUAUUAAUUUAGCAAGAAUUUAUAUGAAAUUAUCAACAAUAAUCACAAUGAAUGGUGAUGAACAUCAAUCAUCCGAUACAUUUGGUGCCACAUUCGAUAUGACACAUUGUUUUCAUCCAAAAUUAUUUCUAAAUUCAUUGAAACAAUUUGUAGCAAAAAAAUUAUCAACAAGUAUUGAUUGUUUAUCCAUUCAAUAUCAUUGGAAUGAUGAUGAUGAAAAUGAUACUGAUCAACAGCGACAACGACAAAAUCAAAUUAUGAUAAUAAAAUUAGAUGGCAUUUGGAUUGAAGCAGCACAAUUUCAAAAUGGUCAACUACGAGAAUGUCAAUCAGAUUCACCAUUCACUAGUUUAAUGCCAUCAUUAUUGAUGAUUUUUUCAAAAUCAAAAGAUAAUGUCAUUGAUAAUCAAUCACAAUCAUCAUCAUCAUCAUCGUCGUCGUCGUCAUCGUUUAGCAGUAAUCAACAGCAGCGAAAAACAAUGAUAAAAAUACCAUUAUAUUCAUGUUCAAAAAGGCAAACAUUAUUAGAACAAUGGCAAUUACCAUGUUCAACAACAACAAAAACAACAACAGCGACAACCACCACUCAAAAUUCAAAUGAACGAUGGCUUGAGAUGGGUGUUGCAUUAGUAUUGGGAAAUUUUGUUUGAUUGUUAAACAAAUGAGUAGUAAAAAAUGGCAAAAAAUUUAUUUAUUUAUCAAAAUUCUCAUCUUAUUUUAAAUUUAAAUUUUAAAAAUAUUAAAAUGAUAAAAAAGGCUGUAGUUAAAGUUGUUCUUCAGCAAUAUCCAUUGGAUGAUCAUGA